AUGAUAGACGCCUCGACUCGACUGCGCAGAGCGAUCCUCUUGUCCGAUGCUUUGCUGGUCAAACGCAUCAUUCGCUCCAACCCUGGCAUCUUGCAGAACCCAGACUUUAAAGACAAGAGCAACACGAGUUUACAUCUCGCCGCCCAAGCUGGUUUCGAGGAAAUUGUGGAACUUCUUGUCGACGCUGGACACGACCAUGGAGAGAUUUCGCGCAAUGCCGACUGGGAUACUCCCUUGAUGCUGGCCGCCCGACACGGCAAUGUCGACGUCGGUAUCCUGCUCGCCAACCGCUUUCCACGCUCCAUUCCCGUUACCAACAAGCUAGGCCUGGACGCACUCGCUCUAUCAUGCCUUAAUCCUGCAUCUACACCCCUAGUAUCUUUGUUGUUAUCCCACCCAGAAUACCCCGCCUCAGCUGACGGCCGCGACAACCACGGCGACACACCACUCCACCACGCAUCAGCCUCAGGCUCCCUCAAAGCCCUUCGAAUCCUCCUUUCCGCAGGCGCCGACCCAACAGCCAAGAAUGCCUAUGACUGGACCCCCCUCGCAUACAGCCAAACCGUAGCCGCAGAAGUUUACUUCAAAAACCUCGUCGCCGAACUCGAACGCAGAAAAGCCGAAGACAUGCGCGGCGAGAAAGAGAGAAGGGAAGAAGCUUUGAAGCGUAAAUAUGCCGGUGUGCGUGUGGUCACUGAAGAUAGCGAGACUUCUUCGCGGCCUAGUGAUGAUAUG